AUUGGCUGACGUACUGCAGUCGUCUAUCAGCAAGAAGACUAUAAAGUUUCUGAGAAGCUCAUUACGUUUGCUUGCAUUCGGUGUGUGUGUUGAUAGUGAGUUUGAAUGGACGGUUGCAGGUGGAGAGGUGGCUGUGUAUGGCUGGGUUAAUUUGAAAGGGGAAGUGUAUUCAUCUAGUUUUUUUUAUAUAUAUAUAAAAAGCACUUUAACGUAACUAACUUGUAUGAAGAUCUAAAACAAUGGUUGUCACCAGUACCAUGAAGAGCAAAAAUUCAGAAUGCAUUUCAGAGCUAAUAGACCGGAGAUGUGACCAAGCACAAAUAGACGAAGAACUGGACUACUGGGAUCAUGGCCUGAUUGAGCCCAAUCUGAAUGGAGAGGUGUUUGAGGAGAGAACCUGCCAGCAUUUGGCCAAGAUGUUUGAGAACUGCCUAUCCCGAGCCAAGAAGACCAAACUGCAUUGCUCGGAGGUUCUGGUCCCCGAGAAGCUCACUAGCAGGAUAGCUCGUGACGUCCUGCGUCUCUCUUCCGGUGAGCCCUGUGGCCUACGGGGCUGCAUCCUGUAUAUCAAUCUGGAGGUUGAAAACGUGUGCAAAAAACUGGACCGGAUAAUCUACGACUCCAGUGUGUUGCCCACGUUCGAGCUGACCCUGGUGUUCAAACAGGAUGGCAGUGCCUGGCCCAGCCUUCGAGACUUCUUCCUCAUCGGCGCUUGUUUCAGUCCCGGGUUCCGGCAUGCUCUGAAGCUGAGCCCUGGGUUUAGACUGGUUAAAAAGAAACUGUAUUCCCCGUCGGCUGGUACCGUUGUAGAGGAGUACUGAAACUUAACGCACUUCCAAGUUCGGCAAAACCUGAAUGUAAAAACCACGUGUUUUGAGACAACGGGUGGUCUUUAAGAAAUUGUUUUGUAUUGCAUCUUUUGGGGGUGGGUGGGGGGCAUUGCAAAGACGUAGUCACUUUAAAUAGGUGGGCCUUCCAAUGGAUUUCACCUUUCACAUGUGUGGUGUGUGUUGGUGUUUUUUUUUUUUGUUUGUUUUUUUUCCCAUACAAUAUAAAGUUUAGUAUGGCAGCUUUAUCAUUUGCCCAUGGGUGGUAUAACAAGUGAUCAACAUGUGUCAUGUUCUAACGGAGAUUGUUCUAAAUCUGUGUUGUCCUUGUAUUUCAUUGUAAGCACAUGUGCAACCAACUCUACACGCAUUUUUAUUUUCAGAGGGCCUACUUGAAUGACUACGUGUUUACCCCUUGACUUUGAUUUUAGGUGGCUGCUAACUGUGUUUAUUUAAAUGACAGUAGACACCAUUUUUAUAUACGAAACAUUUGUGGCUUCGGUUCCAUCUAAAAUUAAAGGUGCAAUAAUUGCUAAUUUGGUACGUGCCAAGUCUUUCAUUUUAAUGUGGUGUUGACACCUGCGAGUCAAGUUCUUGCCUUAAAUAAGAGUCACUGACUGAUUUUUAUCCUUGAACUAAAAUUGCCCUUGUCAAACUACUUUGGAUUGGGUAAAUGUUUCUUCUAGAUUUACAAAUUGAUUUGAUAUGGGGCGGUUGCAUCUUCAGUUCAAUAUUUAACCUUGUAAAUGUGUGCUGUUUCAGCGUAUGUGAACUGCAGGUUAGCCAGAAAGAAAUUGUUUUGCUUUUAAUUGUGGUCAAUAGCAUUACUUUUGUUUAUGAAGCUUGGUUUUGAAAUUGGCUGCUUCCAGUGUUAACAGUAAUGUUUUGCAACAGUGAAGGUAAAGGGCGGUGUGUGGAUUUCUUUCUUUCUUAACCCUCCCCGAUGUUGCUAGCGAUAACUUCUAAUUGGUGUUUACUAUUGGGCAAGAUCACUUUAUCUUGCACAGUAGUCCAGUGGACUUGCAGAGCAAAUUUUAAAUGGAAAUUAUAAACUGUUGGCACAUGUGUUGCUCUAAACAAAUUAGUUGGGACACCAGCCACUUCACCCUCCUGAUGUGGCUGUAGUUUUGUCACACUUUUUUCCCCACAGUUCUAAAACACGGUUUUACAUUAAGGUAAGUGAAGAUGAAGGUAAUUUAGGGAUAUUAUGGUUUUGUAGCUCUCUUCACUUUAAUGUUUGCACUUCAUAUGGAUUUUUUUUUUUUUUUCCUUGGUGAUCAUUGCACUAUUGGAAAACCAUUUUUUGUUGUCAUUGUAGUGCUCUAUAGAUGUUUGUACACUUUCCAUUUUUACAAAUGUUAAGAUGCCUUUCUAAGGGGUUUACUGCUGCAGUGCUGUUACUCUGCAGCUGGAGCCUAUAUUUUUAAGCUUUAAAUACCCGUUUAAAGGAAGACCAAUAUUUGUCUCUGACAAUAAAAAAAUAUUUUUUAAA